CCGCUUUCACUCCGUUCCCUCAUUUCCUCGUCCUCUAUUUCUUCUUCUUCUUCUUCCAUUCUUCCGCGGCCCAAUGUAACACAUGUAUUAGAAUGUAAGGGGAAGAAGUACAAGGACCAUAAGUGUAAAUGGCCAAUAGUAUAUAGGUACAGCUGUAACAGUCUAACGGUCAUAAGAAAAUCCACAACAAACUUUCCCUCUCACUCUCUCUCUCUCUCUCUCUCUCUCUCUUCUCUGCCUUUCUCUCUUCUUCUUCCUUGCCGAGGCUACUUUCCGAUCCAGAUCACCACACCCAAAUCCCGAUUAUACCCUUCCUCUCUCGGGAAAUCCCACUUCCCGCCUUCCUUCGCAUGCCGUCGCUGCUGCGUCAGCUCGUGUAGUAGCGACAGAGUCUCCAUGGAAUCCGCCACGUCGUCCGUCGACGCCGUGACGGCCGAUUUCAAGAACCAGAGCCUGAGCGCCGAGGGGAAUGGCGCGGGGAAGACUGGAGGAUUGAGGCUCGAGGAUCUCAAUUGGGACAAUUCGUUCGUCAAGAUAUUGCCCGGGGAUCCGAGAAGCGAUCCACUUCCUCGUCAGUUAGGGGUUUUUUAUUUUGCUUUCGAAGCGUUUCAGGUUUAUCAUGCUUGUUAUACGAAAGUUAGCCCUUCGGCGGAGGUGGAGAAUCCGCAGCUGGUUGCCUGGUCAGAGUCAGUUGCUCGGUUGCUUGAUUUGGAGUUAGAGGAGUUUGAAAGACCAGAUUUCCCACUGUACUUCUCAGGGGCAUCGCUUAUGGCUGGCUCGGUGCCAUAUGCUCAGAACUAUGGAGGGCAUCAGUUUGGAAGCUGGGCUGGUCAGUUGGGUGAUGGUAGGGCAAUAACCCUAGGGGAGGUCCUGAACUCCAAGUCCGAAAGAUGGGAGCUGCAGCUCAAGGGUGCUGGAAAGACUCCAUACAGCCGAUUUGCUGAUGGUCUUGCAGUGUUGCGGAGUAGUGUUCGAGAGUUCCUUUGCAGUGAGGCAAUGCACCACCUGGGGAUCCCAACCACCCGUGCACUUUCUCUUGUGACGACUGGGAAAUUCGUUACCCGGGAUAUGUUUUAUGAUGGCAAUCCCAAGGAUGAACCUGGUGCUAUUGUUUGCAGAGUGGCCCCAUCAUUUCUACGAUUUGGUUCGUACCAACUACAUGCUUCCAGAGGGAAAGAGGAUCUUGAAAUAGUUAGGGCUCUGGCGGACUAUGCGAUUAAGCACAAUUUCCCUCAUAUUGAGAAUAUGACUCAAAGUGAGAGCUUGUCUUUUACUACUGGGGAAGAUGAGGAUUCUGUUGUUGAUCUAACUGCCAAUAAAUACGCUGCAUGGGCAGUGGAGAUCUCUGAACGCAGUGCUUCCUUGUUUGCAAGAUGGCAGGGAGUGGGUUUUACACACGGAGUGCUCAACACCGACAACAUGAGCAUACUCGGUCUGACCAUUGAUUACGGUCCAUUUGGUUUCUUGGAUGCUUUUGACCCUAGUUUUACCCCAAACACGACAGAUCUUCCUGGAAGGAGGUACUGUUUUGCGAAUCAACCCGAUGUUGGUCUAUGGAACAUUGCUCAGUUCGGAGCUGCUCUCUCUGCUGCUGGGUUGAUAAACGAGAAGGAAGCAAACUAUGCCAUGGAAAGGUAUGGGACUAAGUUCAUGGAUGAGUAUCAAGCUAUAAUGACGAGGAAACUCGGCAUUCCCAAGUACAACAAGCAGUUGAUUGGUAAGCUACUGAACAACAUGGCUGUGGAUAAAGUCGAUUACACCAAUUUCUUCCGGACGCUCUCCAACCUCAAAGCUGAUCCAAAUCUCCCGGAGGAUGAACUGUUGGUUCCAUUGAAGUCUGUGCUGUUGGAUAUUGGCAAGGAGCGGAAAGAGGCAUGGACUACCUGGGUGCAGUCGUACAUUCAAGAGCUCGCUGCCAGUGGCAUUUCAGACGAGGAGAGGAAAGUGCAGAUGAAUUCAGUAAACCCAAAGUACAUCCUCCGAAACUACUUGUGCCAGACAGCCAUCGAUGCAGCCGAAGUGGGAGACUACUCGGAGGUGAGAAGGCUGCUGAAGCUAGUCGAGCGUCCAUAUGAUGAGCAGCCCGGAAUGGAGAAGUAUGCUCGUUUGCCUCCAGCUUGGGCUUACCGGCCGGGGGUUUGCAUGCUUUCUUGCUCUUCCUGAGCGCUGUUUUUUGUAGCUUGUUAAAAGUGUGACGAGAAAGGGGAGUCUUGUUUUGUUUUGUUGUACUCUGUACAUAACAUACUUGGAAAGUUGGAAUGCUCCGCAUAUUUUGAAGGCAAAGUAUGAAUCUCUGGAAAUGGUAGUAUGUAUCUGUAUUUCAGGAAAUGGCAAGUCUGAAUCUCAAUUCUCAGG